CAACGCCUAGUGAGCGUUAUACUCCUUGUACCUGGGAAGGACUUAUACCCCGUACGGCGUAGAUGCGGCUGAGCUCGUGGCUCACAUCAGAGGCAAACAAAGAUGCAUCCAACAUAUCGACUGCUGCAACGUGCCUGUCAAAUCACGCUCUUCACUCGAGCCAACUGCUCAUUGUGCACCAAAGCCAAACAGACAUUGUCCAACGUUUGGGAUACUCGCCCCUUCUUGUACAAGGAAAUCGAUGUGAUGACCCCGGAAGCAAAAGGCUGGCGAGAUCUUUAUGAAUUCGACACCCCUGUGAUCCAUGUCAGUCGUUCUGAGAAAGGGGAAGAGCUUCCAGAGGCGGCAUCCAAGGCAAAGAAGCUCAUGCAUAGGUUCACGGAUGAGGAAGUGAAGGCGGUGAUGGAUUCUGUGGAGCAGGAAUCUAUUUGAUCAGUGCUGGCCUUGAAUUACGGGUCCGAUGAUUCUCACUCUACAAUGUGACAUUCCCGGGCUCGGGUCAUUUGGCUGACUUUCCCGCGGG